AUGUCUUCACCCAACAGCCAUCUGGUCUUCAACAACUCCCUCCUGACGACCCUGUAUUACUCCGACCAGAAGGAGACCCGCGCACGGAUUGCAUACGAGAUAAAACGAGAAGUUACAGGUAUCGUUUUCAAGGCAGUACGAGAUCUGAUCCAACCGCUAAGCAAUUCUAUCACUCAGUGUGUGGACACUCUCGCAAAGCACAAUACCAACGCCUUAGGGGUAACAAAGCACAUCUACCAGGAAGUUUCGGCGGCCCAGGAUCUCGGAGACAUGAAACAGAUCCUCAACAACACCGUGGAGACAAGUCGGCUGCAGCUGGAGACAUUCCAGAGGGAGGGAGCAGCAAUUCAGGGGCGGCUGCUGCCAGUCAUAACUGAAUACCGGAAGGAUAUAGACAAUCUUGCGCAACGCGCAACAUCAAUCGAGGAACGCACAAUAGAUGUCGAGGAGUAUCUGGAGCUUCAGCUCGCCGACAAGGGUCGCCAUCCAGCCCGCAACGCUCCGCAGGGGAAUGAGAACGAGCAUCAUACCUUUGGCAAUCAUGAGGGUACGGAAGGAUAUUAA